UUUCUUUUACUUUAUUCAUUACAAACGACUGAAAAUGAGUAAAACUCCAAUUCCUGAAGAAUACGACGAUACUAGAAUCUUAGGUUACGACCCUUUGAUACCACCAGCCCUUUUACAACACGAAAUCAAAGCCACCAGCGAAUCCUUGGAAACCGUUAUUAAAGGACGUAUUGAUUCAUCCAAAAUUAUUGGUGGUAAUGAUGAUCGUUGUUUGGUUAUUGUUGGACCAUGUUCUAUUCACGAUACUGAAGCUGCUUUAGACUAUGCUACUCGUUUGAAGAAAUUAGCAAUUGAAUUAGACCAAGAUUUAGUUAUUGUCAUGAGAGCUUAUUUGGAAAAACCAAGAACCACUGUUGGUUGGAAAGGUUUAAUUAACGAUCCAAACGUUGAUAACUCUUUUGAUAUUAAUUUGGGUUUACGUGUUUCUCGUAAAUUAUACGCUGAUUUAACCGGUAAAGUUGGUUUACCAAUUGGUUCUGAAAUGUUAGAUACCAUUUCUCCUCAAUACUUUAGUGAUUUAUUAAGUUUUGGUGCUAUUGGUGCUAGAACCACUGAAUCCCAAUUACACCGUGAAUUAGCUUCUGGUUUAUCUUUCCCAAUUGGUUUCAAAAAUGGUACCGAUGGUGGUUUGGCUGUUGCCUUGGAUGCUGUUCAAGCUUCUUCAAGAGGUCAUCAUUUCAUGGGUGUCACCAAAGAUGGUGUUGCUGCUAUUACUACUACUAAAGGUAAUGAUCAUGGAUUUAUCAUUUUAAGAGGUGGUAAAAAAUUAACUAAUUAUGAUGCUGAAUCAGUUAAAGCUGCUAAAGAAGCCAUUUCAAAAUCAACUAAUCCAAAUAUUAAAUUAAUGGUUGAUUGUUCUCAUGAUAACUCUCAAAAAAAUUAUCAAAAUCAACCAAAAGUUUUACAAUCGGUUGUUGAUCAAAUUUCUCAAGGUGAAGAUUCCAUCAUUGGUGUUAUGAUCGAAUCUCAUAUUAAUGAAGGUAAACAAUCCAUGCCUGCCGGUAACCAAGAUAAACAUUGUCUUAAAUACGGUGUUUCCAUCACUGAUGGCUGUGUCGGUUGGGAUUCUACCGUUGAAAUGUUAACUAGUUUAAGUAAAGCUGUUCAAGCUAGAAGAGCUAAGAAAGCCUCCGCUUAGAUUAGAAAUCCUUUUUGUAUAUAAAUUUAAAAAAGAAAAUUUUGUUUUGUUGUUUUCUAUCUUUAUUUAUUUACUUUAUUUAUACAAUUAUUUUAAGAUUUGAAGCCAUUGAAAUCAAAGUUUUUUCAUUAAUAAACAAA